UCAACAUAAGAUGCAGGAGGAGAAAGUUACCAUGGGUCUUCUAAUGUUGCUUGUUCCAGUCUUUUGCCUGGUGGUAACAACACCAGGUGAAAGUCGGUAUGCAGGAGCGGGUGACUGCGACAACCCUUUUGGUACAGAUUUCCUCCUACCAUGUAUAAACUAUUUGUACAUUAGAAGCACACUGCCAACACCAAUAUCUACAUCUGAUCCGUGCUGCGUAGGAGCAUCAUCGGUGUUUGGCAGGGUCGGUGUCCCUCAACGUGCGAUGGUGUACUGUAUUUGUCUCAAGUUGUUUACACCACUUUACCAUUUUGAUCCUGAAAAACUGGCACGGCUUCCUCAUGACUGCAACUUUACCUAUAAUUAUACUAUUGACCCAAGGAAGAGUUGUUUCCGCCCGAUUCCGUGAUGCUUCAAGAAAGAUUUACAUGAAAGCACAAAUAAACUCGGCUAUAGAGAUAAAUAUGUACGGAAAACACAGGAGAUAUAAUAAAAAAGCCAUGAUUUUUCACUUUUCUAUCGAUUGCAA